AUGUGCUCAGUUCUCCGUGCACAGGCUCCAAAUCGCCUCUGGACUUUCACGCAGCGCAGCUUCUCAACCUCCACGGCGUUACGAAGGAUCAACAAAAUCUGUGCCUCAGAAAACGAUGCCAUUCAGAACGUAAAAAGCGGAUCUACAGUUCUUGUCGGCGGCUUUGGCUUUUCUGGCGUUCCCGAAUCGCUUAUUGAGGCUGUUGCCGCACGAAAAGAUCUCAAAGAUCUGACCGUUGUCUCAAACAAUGCUGGCAUGCCUGGUGUUGGACUUGGCCGAUUGCUGGAAACACGACAGAUUAGUAAAAUGAUAGCAUCUUAUAUCGGAGAGAACAAGGUCUUUGAGAAGAUGUAUCUGAGUGGAGAUCUUAGUCUCGAGUUGAUACCGCAGGGAACUAUGGCAGAGAGAUGCGCUUCUGGGGCAGCUGGUGUACCCGCAUUCUAUACCCCAGCGGCGUACGGCACUGUUGUGCAGACGGGCGAAUUGCCUGUUCGAUACAACAGAGACGGCUCUGUAGCGCUCAUGUCACGGCCCAGAGAAACACGCGAGUUUCACGGCAAGAAAUACAUACUCGAAGAAGCAAUCUUUGCCGAUGUUGCUUUGGUCAAGGUCCACAAAGCUGAUAGACUGGGCAACUGCACAUUUCGGAAAGCACAGAACAACUUUAACGAGGCCAUGGCUAAGAACGCCAAGUUGACGAUUGUGGAGGCUGACGAAAUCGUUGAUGUUGGGCAAUUGAAUCCUGAGAGUGUUCAUAUUCAAGGGAUUUAUGUAGAUGUCAUUAUUCAGAGUACGAGGCCGAAGAAGAUUGAAAAGUUGACGUUCGCUCAAGAUGCCAAGAGUCAAGGCGAAGUUACAAUAGCCAACCAAAGACGAGAACGGAUCAUUAAGCGAGCUUCCAAAGAGCUGAAAGACGGCAUGUACGUCAACCUCGGUAUCGGAAUGCCACUCGCAACGCCAGGCAUGCUCCCAGACGAUCUAGAAGUUAUUCUUCAAUCCGAGAAUGGUAUCCUAGGCAUGGGGCGAUAUCCAAACCCUGGGGAGGAAGAUCCAGAUCUCAUCAAUCCUGGCAAAGAGACGGUGACUUUGAAUCCUGGUGCCUCGACGUUUGGAAGCCAUGAGAGCUUUGGUAUGAUUAGAGCUGGUAAGAUUGACUUGACCAUGCUCGGUGCGCUGCAAGUCAGUCAAUAUGGAGACCUGGCCAAUUUUAUGCUGCCUGGGAAGGUGAAGGGCAUUGGAGGUGCCAUGGACCUCGUGGCGAGCCCGGAGAAGACAAAGGUCAUAAUCACCAUGGAACACGUUGACCGCAAUGGAAACCCCAAGAUCCUAGAAGAAUGCACGUUCCCGCUCACUGGUCCACGAUGCGUAUCUAGAAUCAUCACUGACCUAGCGGUCUUCGACUGUACGCCUGAAGGUCUGAUACUCAGGGAGUUGGUGGAUGAGGUUGAGAUGGAUGAGCUGAAGAGCAAGACGGGCGCGGCGUUUAGGAUCGCUGAUGACUUGAUACCGUACCAGAUUUAG